AACAGAAAACAAACAUUCGACCUACAAAUCGGGAUGCUACACGGACGGAUCCCGUUUGGGAUCCGACCCGGUCCCGUUGGUGUGACAGGAAUCCAUUCAGAAUGAGAAGACUCUCCGGGAAUGAGUAGGUUCGCGUGUUAGUGUCAAUAACAACCCAAACAUAGUAGGCAUGACAUGAAGCUAUGCCGAUACCCCCUUGUGACAAACCAGUAGACCAUCGCCGUGGUAAUACAAUCCAUCUCUUGAGCUUGGCGUUUUACGCUCACUCUCUCUCUCCGCUGUAUAGGUGUUGUUUUUGUUGUUGCUCGUUGUUUGUAGCCGUCAACUGAUCUGUCAUCUCCUCUAUUCUCUGUAGCAUCACGGCACUUGCAUGCGGUUGAGCGGCGUAAUUCCUACCUACACAUGUGUGCUGCUGGGAGAAUUGAACCAUUUUCAGUGUUAAUUUUGGCAAAAAUCAUACUGAUAAUACAACCAGGCCGUAUCUGGGUUAGUCUUCCACAUUGACUGUUGACAGCCUGCAGCCAGCAGGAUCGAUUUUUGCUAGGCCGAAUCCGGUUCACAAGUGAAUUAUCACCAGCUGAUCGAUUAGUUCAGUUACGGUAUCUGUUUUCGUGCGUAUGAAUAAGCUAUUGCACGAUGUUUAACAAAUUGAUACCAUGCAUGCGAUACUCCAAACUACUUUUUGAAAGACACUUGCAUCAAAUUCCACUUUCGAAGGACCGGUACGGGAUAAUUCGUAAGCCGUUUGCGAAAACCAUGGACAGUGACAUUCAGCUAUUCAAAAGUAUUCUACCAGAUAAGAAUCAAAUACUCCUAGAUCCGCAGGACACGGUCGGUUACAAUCGCGACUAUUUCCGAUACGUUCGGGGUUUGGGAACAGUCGUACUAAAACCUAGAACCACCAAAGAGGUCUCACAUAUUUUGCGCCAUUGCAACAAUCGUCGUUUGGCAAUUUCAAUUUUCGGUGGCAACACCGGUGUCUGCGGGGGUUCCAUCCCUGUUUUCGAUGAAAUUAUCCUUUCUAUGGAGCUGAUGAAUAAAAUAGAAGUAAUAGAUGAGUAUUCCGGAAUAUUGGUCUGCCAGUCUGGCUGUGUGUUGGAAAAACUAGAGGAAAAAUUGCUGUCAAAGAGGAUGAUUAUGCCACUGGAUCUCGGGUCCAAAGGUUCUUGUCAGAUUGGUGGUAAUCUAGCGACCAAUGCAGGCGGUAUCCGGUUGGUGCGCUACGGAAAUCUUCACGGGACGGUUCUGGGCUUGGAAGCGGUUCUUGCUAACGGUACAACGAUAGAUUUAAUGUCAAAUUUCCAGAAGGACAACACAGGUUAUCAUCUUAAGCACAUGUUCAUCGGUUCCGAAGGAACCCUGGGUGUGAUCACCCGUGUGGCAAUCGCUUGUCCAACAGAGACCACAACACAAAAUGUAUUGUUCUUGGGACUGAGGAGCUACGAGGCGGUUUUACAAACUUUCUUAGAAAGUAAAAAACGUCUUGGCGAAAUCUUAACUUCCUGUGAACUGAUCGAUCGUGUGUCGUUAGAAGUCACAGUGAAUCAUCUGAAAACAGCUUCACCCAUAAAAGAUUUUCCAUUCUAUAUGCUGCUGGAAACUACAGGUAUUCAAAAAGAGCACGACGACGAGAAAGUGCAGAGCUUUCUGGAUUAUGUGAUCGAAAGGGGAAUCGUCUCUGAUGGUGUCCACGCCUGCGAACCAUCGAAAAUUGAUCAUUUAUGGAAGUUGCGUGAAAUGAUACCAGCAGCAGUCUACAGUAACCGCUUCUGCCUAACAUACGAUCUAUCAUUACCAUUGAAAGAGUUUUACGACAUCGUAACAGUGAUGAGACGUAGAGUUGGCCAUUUGACAAAAAUUGUUUGCGGAUUCGGACAUAUCGGUGAUUCAAAUAUUCAUCUUACAAUUGCUGGGGAUGAGCUAACUGGUGAAAUCCAACUACUUAUUGAUCCAUUCGUUUACGAGUUUACUAGGAAGCUAAAAGGAAGUGUCAGUGCUGAACAUGGAAUUGGUCUACUCAAACCGAAGUACUUAAAUUAUUCUAAAUCUACGGAGGCAAUCACUCUCAUGAAACAGAUAAAAAUGAUGAUGGACCCAAACGGUAUAUUGAAUCCCUAUAAAGUAUUACAGAUAUGAUGUUAUUAUGAACAUAUGUUAAACAGACAAAUAACUAGCAUUGCUUUCCAUUUUAGCCAUAC